AUGCCUGAAACAACCAUUGCCUCUCAAUAUGGCGCCAUAGAGCACUUGCCCCAGGCCAGGAACACCGUAUGCAGCCCUUGCGACUCUCAUCUUGUGCAUGGGCUUUGUCGGGAGAGUUCAGUCUCCCCCUCGACGGCACCGACAUCACCAACAUCACCUACAUACUCAGAGCGUGAAUGUUUGCCGGCCCCCAAGUCCAGCCAGGAGCCCCAGCACGAAUACAGUCAGCUCGGCCAGGGCUUAAUGAUGGCCAUGGCGCAAUACGUGGCACACCUGCAGAAUGAGAAACUGCCCAUGCCUAGUCUUGAGCCAGGUGUUCAAGCCCAUGGCGGCCUGAAGAAUCGACAAGGUGUAGCGGCGCGAGAUGCCGUCGUUGAUCUGGCGCAGAGGAUCGUUGCAAUGACAAUGGAUCCUGAGAUGAGCCUUCUGAUCAGCUCCUUGCAGUUCCAUUUCUGCUCUUCGCUCAAGGUUGCCAUCGACCUUAAAGUCCACGAGCAUGUUCCCCGCCAAGGGACGAUAACUUCUUCGGAGCUGGCCGCAAAAGUAGGCGCAGAUGAGACUAUUUUGGUUCGAAUUAUGCGUGUACUGAUCACCAAACAUGUCUUUUCUUCUCCCACACCCGGCACAUAUGCCCACACGGCCAUUUCAUGGUGUAUGAUGAAGUCGCCCGACACGAUUGAUCUUUUGGGCCACCGACUAGACGAAUCCUUCCGCGCCGCGAGCCGUCAGGCCGACGCGCUGGCGCUCACUCACCACCGUGAGCCCGACGAGGACGAUAUUCUGGGUUUCAGCCUGGCCUUUGGUACCAAGGCCAACUUUUGGGAGGUGCUGACCGCCGAUGCGGAGGAGGAGCGAUCGCAGCGGUUCAACCGGGCGAUGAGGGCCGUCAGCAUUAACGCACUGGGCGUGAUCCCGCGGAUGUAUCCCUUUGACCGUAUCGGCGGGGAUGGGCUGCUGGUUGAUGUUGGUGGCGGUCUUGGCCAGGUUGCGCGAGAGAUUAUGGCCGCGCACCGAGGCAAGGGAUUGCAAAGAUGCAUUGUGCAGGAUGCCCAUGCUGCCGACGAUGCGCAGCAGCAGCUGGAGGAGGUUCUGGAAUCGAACCGGAACCUUGGGGUGGAGCUGCAAAAGCAUAACUUUUUCCACAAACAGCCAGUGAAAGGCGCUGCCGUGUACUUUUUGCGGCACAUCUUCCACGAUUGGCCGGAUCGGGCCUGCGUCAAGAUUCUGAAGCAGACGGUUGAGGCCAUGGGCAAAGACAGCAGAUUGCUGAUAUGCGACCAGGUUGUGGACGACGAGCCGUCCGUUCCCGCCACGCUGUACGAUAUUGACAUGUGGUCCCUUUUCGGCGGCAAGGAGAGGAAUCGGUCAGAGUGGGAGGCUCUUUUCCGGGCUGCAGACGAAAGGCUGUACAUCAACAAGGUUUGGACAACGGCUGAGGCUCCGACCACCAUUUUGGAAGUAUGUCUUUCGUAA